GGUAAAUGGAAAGCUUAACUUCUGUUACAGAUUUUUUUUUUUAAAGAAGUGUCCCUACAGGAAGACUUUCUCAGGCACUUAAUAAUAUGCAUAUAUACUUAAAAUACGUAAGUUUUUCCUCAUAAGCUGCAUUUACAAAAGAAGGUAAGCAAAAAAUGAGACCGCUUUCUAUAGUAACUAAUAUAUAGAAGAAAAAGUCUGUCUGUUCUAGAUGGAUUUGUGUCCGUAUGCUCCAUUGUACAAAGCAGCUGAAGCACACGUUUAAGCUCCUGAGUGAGCAUAUGAAUAUUGACCCAGAAUAUAAAUACCAGCUGUUGAUGGUGAAAAACCUAAGAAUUCCAGGGAAUAAAUUACUACUGAAUUUUUAAAUUCAUGCUCAGAGUUUGAAGGAAAGAAAUAUAUUUAAAGUUAUGCAGUAAUUUUUUCCCAGAAGUGUGUUAUCUCAAACAGAAAUAGUUCACUAAAAGAUUAAGACACUUGCCGUACUUCAUCUAUCCAGAUGCCUGCCUGCACAAAAGCUCUUCUCUUACGUCAAGGUUCUCUUGCACUUGGAAGGAGCACUGAGGUGAAUUUCUUCAAGUCAUCUACAUCGUGCAAAUUUUGUGAUUUAUUUUUCUAAGCUGGAGGAGACACCUGGAGCAGAGAAUUCCAAUAUCCAGAAAGUGAGAAGACAGAGGGAGAGAGAGAGAGAAUGCGCUUUCCCCUUUCCGAUCCUAGUACAACUGUGUUCUUCACAAAAUUACCUUCCUCUCACUUUGCAAGCCCCUCUUCCCUCAGGGCUAUUUGGAGGACAAAAUAGCCUGCCUUAACGCUAAGGAUUAACCAGGGAAGACUGCAUUAGAAAAACGGCAGCCCACCGUCAGAGGAGCGGGGCUAAAUCUUGCCUGUAUAGAAGGCUUAUCACCGCAUGCUUGAGAUUCAGGAGAGAGCGUGUGGUAGAAGUGAUACCUACUGGUGCUUGGGGGAGAGCAUGAGGCUUACCCUAACGGAGGCACUGUGCAAGGCCAGCUGAGAUGGAAGCCGUUCCCUGCUCCGGCAGAGACCUGGCGCUCCCUCGGUGGGGUGUUACCGGCUGUCUGGCAGCUCCUGUGUUCCUGUAAACCGGGGGCCAGCCUGUGGGCUUGCCUAAGGCUGGAGCCAAAGAUGCUUAUGGAAGAUUUGGCCCCGAGUGUUGAACUCUGCGGAGGAUGUUGCCUUUGUGACAAGCGAACGUCUGAGAAUUCUGGUGGGAGGCAUUCAGCAUCAAUACGUGCUGGUGGAGCGAGAGGAAUGUUUUUUCCACUGCUAGCUGAGCGCGAGACAACACAGGAAAAACGUCAAAAGAGACGCAGCUUAUCCAUCUCUUUUUGGCUAAUCGUUACUUGAAUAUACACCAAAGAGAGAAGGAUUUGGCAGCCAAGAAACCCAGGGAAUCAAGAAGUGCUGUGAUGGACUGGAAGCCUGGGGCUGUUGUUACAUUUCCAACGGCAGCAGGAGAUGCUGCUGUAUCGAUACAAACCUCUUACCGGUUUAAGAACGAUGAUUUCAUCCCUUGCCUUUAUCUACCUGAAUCUACCUUCGUCAUUCCUUCAUCUACCUUCCAAGAAAGAGGGAAGGACUUUGGAAGACUUUAUAGUGCAAGGACAGGAAAAGCCCUGAACGCAGCUGCUGUUGCAGAAGAGCAAGAGAAGAUGGGGAAGGUCUUUGCCAUUGGCUGUGACUGUCCAAAACUCUCAGUCAAACUGCAACUUCAAGCAGAAGAAAGAGGAGUGGUGUCAAUCAAAGGUGUAAGUGCAAAUCGCUUUCUGGCUAUGAAGGAGGAUGGCAGAUUGCUGGCCUUGAAAUGUGCAACAGAAGAAUGUUUCUUUUUUGAGCGUUUGGAAUCUAAUAACUAUAACACUUACCGAUCCCGGAAAUACUCCGAUUGGUAUGUAGCACUGAAAAGAACUGGACAGUACAAACCUGGACCAAAAACUGGACCUGGACAGAAAGCUAUCCUUUUUCUUCCCAUGUCUGCUAAAAGCUGAUUUCCAUGGCAGGUUCUGAGCACAUACGCCACACUACACUAAAGACGCCGAGUUUCUUACUCCUCUCCUAAGUAGCAAAAAUAUAAGCAAUUAUUUGCUGAUAUUAACUACUUUUGCAGAUACCAGAUUAAAACAUGAAUGUUUCAUACUGUCUUUAUAUUGCUCUUUAAACCUGUUGUGCCGGUGUGUGUGUAGGUAAUAUUACUUGCAAUGUUGAGACCUUUUCAGGAUCAAUAACACUUCUGUUUUCUACUAGGUAUCUAUGUAGAGCUAUUUUAUUUACAUUAUGUUUGAUUUACAGAGUAAAAGAAAACAAAUCUGAUGCACACUUACAGCAAUAUUUACCUUUAGAAAUUAUUUAUA